AUGACGUGGGAACAAGCUGUAGAAGAUAAGCGAGCCCGUCUUGCGGCGUCAAUUCCCACAGAAUGGCGGAUCAAGUCGAAACCAGCAGAUGAUUCUGUAAUGGCUUACCCAAAGCAAAGUGGGAUAAUGACUGCUGAGGAGCUGGCUAUCACCGAAUCAUCUGCUGUUGAUCUUGUGGCCCAGCUUGCAACUGGGAAACUCACAUCAGUAGCCGUGACGACUGCAUUCUGCAAAAGAGCUGCUUUGGCACAUCAAUUGACAAACUGUGCUCUUGAGUUCUUCCCUGGCAUGGCUCUGGCACGUGCCAAGGAGCUCGAUAAUACCUUUAAAAAGACAGGCAAACCAGUCGGACCACUUCACGGUCUUCCCAUUUCACUCAAAGACCAAUUUAGAAUCAAGGGUCUCGAAACCAGCAUGGGAUACGCUGCAUGGGUUGGAAAGUAUGAUACCUACAAUUCGGUCUUGGUAGAUCUUCUCUUGAAGGCAGGUGCAGUAUUUUACGUCAAAACGAGUGUGCCUCAAUCUUUGAUGGUUUGCGAGACUGUCAAUAAUGUGUCAGGAAGAACGGUCAAUCCUCGAAACAAAAACUGGUCUUGCGGUGGGUCUUCGGGAGGAGAAGGUGCAAUGGUUGGGUUCAGAGGUGGUAUCAUUGGAGUAGGAACUGAUAUCGGCGGAUCGAUUCGUGUACCUUCCGCCUUCAAUUUCUUGUACGGAUUAAGACCAUCUCAUGGAAGAUUGCCGUAUGCAAAAAUGGCGAAUUCGAUGGAAGGACAGGAGACUGUCCACUCCGUGUGCGGUCCUCUGACACACUCAGUUGCAGACAUGCGCCUGUUUGUGCAGGCAGUCCUGGCUGAGAAACCUUGGCAGUACGAUUCUAAGGUGAUUCCAAUGCCAUGGAGACAAACCGAAGCAGAUGCCAUCAAGUCAAAAAUUGGCUCGGGUGGUUUGACGCUCGGCUUCUACAACUGUGACGGCGUCGUCCUUCCUCAUCCACCAAUCCUCCGUGGUGUCCAAACAGUGGUCGACACGAUGAAGAAGAAAGGUCACACUGUUAUCCCAUGGAAGCCGUACAAGCAUGACUUUGCUGUCAAUCUAAUUAAUGGCAUAUACGCCUCCGAUGGCGGAACAGAUAUUUACGGCACUUUGAAAGAAUCCGGCGAGCCUGCCAUACCCAAUUUCGCAAAUCUGAUUAACCCCUCGCUGCCAAAGAUCGACAUGAAUCAGCUCUGGGACGUGCAUCUCAAGAAGUGGGCUUUCCAAUCCGAAUAUCUUGAUCAAUUCCGUUCCAUUGAGGUAGAAUUGGGUAAGGAGAUCGAUGCAAUUAUUGCACCAAUCACUCCAACUGCCGCGAUUCGGCACAACCAGUUCAAGUAUUAUGGUUAUGCCAGCGCAAUCAAUUUGUUGGAUUUCGCGAGUGUUGUGGUUCCAGUCACUUUCGCGGACAAGAGUAUUGACAAGAAGAACUCGGGGUUCACUCCGCUGAAUGAUAUGGACAAGACGGUGCAAGCAGAAUAUGAUCCAGAAGCGUAUCAUGGCGCUCCUGUAGCGGUACAAAUUGUUGGAAGACGCUUGACUGAGGAGAGAGUUAUGGCUAUCGCUGAGGAGAUUGGUCGAUUAUUGGGAAAUGAGAUCACACCAUAG